AUGGCGACCAGCGAGCCGGAGGCGGGGCCGCCUCUGUGGCCUGUGGAGGCCCGGUUGGCGGCGCUGCUUCCGGACCUGCUGGUCUUUAGGAAGCCGGCGGAGUCAGAACCCGAACUCUCCACGUCCCAGGGUGUCCUUCUAGGCGUCCACGUGACUGGGUUUACAGCAUUAAUGGAUAGGUUCAGACUGACCUGCAAGCCGGAACAUGACAUGGAAAAACUGGCCCACAUCUUCAGUUAUUACAUUAGUGACAUCGUGGAGCAUGUUCUCUGUUUUGGAGGGGAUAUCCUAAAUAUCACAGGGAAUGUACUCCUGGCACUAUGGACAGUGGAACAGAAUCAACUGAGUGACAUCAUUACUCUGGUGGCCAAGUGCAGUCUGGAAAUACAGGAGAAAUUUGGUAUCUACCAUACCACAGAAGGCCAGGACCUGCAGCUAAAAAUUGGUAGUAGCUCCUAAAAGAAUGGUUCGGUUGGAAAAGAAAAAAAUACUAUAAAGUUUCAAGAGAUGACAAACAUUUAUACAUUUGCAACUCAGUUCAAAGGAUAGAUUUCUCUAAUAUAGAAAUAGCAUGUACAAAUCAAGAAAAGUUAAUGUAAGAGAAAAAUGGGCAAAGGAUGUUUAUAAAUGGUACAUAAACAAAU